CACCAAGGCCCAAGGAGAUGAAUCCUCAACCUCUUCUUGCAAUCAUUAAAUGCAAUUAGGGUUUUAGAGAUUUCUUCAAUGAGAGGCUAUAUAAGAGAGGAAGGAUCAAGUUUGGGUUGUUGGGGAUGGGGGUUGAGCAUGCUACUAUAUGUGAGAACGGAGGAUCGAUUUGGGUGAAGAUCCAACAAGAAGCUACAAGGGGGAGGCGAGAAUGGAAUUCAAACACUGAAGUGACAAAUGAAGAAUGACCCUUUUUCAAAGGGCAAAUUUAUCCAAAUAAAUUGGUGUUAAUUAUACACCACUCACAAGGGACUCGGUGAGCAUAAUUCAGGGAAACCCGAAUUAAUCGAUCGAAAUUUUAAGAACUGCCAUGAAUGUUGCGUCUAUUUGACAAACAUCAUGAAAAUUAAAUAUUUUUUUGUCUUAAAUUUAGAAAAAAGAAAUCUAAUUGACCCAAAACUCAAAUCCCAAAUUCAAGACAUUGUGCCCCGGAGACAAUGGCACGAUCAAGGUUGGUCGGUGAUGAACAGGUCUCGAAACACACUGUUGUUCUGCUAUUCUAUGGAUAAGAAUUCAGAUAACACGUCAAGAACUCACUUUCACACCACACCCACACACCAAAAAAUAAAUAAAUAAAGAACAAAAACCACCCGCUUGCCCCUCCCGUCCAGUGGUUCUCAAACGGAGGCAGCUAAGGAAGCAUAGAGAUCAGAGGCGAUGGGCGUCUCCUUUCUCUCAACAUUCUCUUCUUUGAUUCCUUUUGCUCCUCUUCCGUCUCACUACGCUGCUGGUGCUGCACCUGCAAGAUACAUUACUCAUGCUGGAACAAUUCGUUGCGGCAAGUUUGAGACGAAUGCUUCUGAUGGAUUACGUCGAAGGGACAUUCUCAAAUUCUUUGGGGCUACCAUCGGCACGGAAUUAAUAGCUGGCUCAGGAUCAUUUAUUGAAAUCGCUAGUGCUGCUGAUUUGAUACAACGUCAACAGCGUUCUGAGUUUCUUUCAAAUGUCAAAGGGACCCUUUCUACAAUGAUAAAGGGAAAUCCAGAUCUCAUCCCAUCAAUACUAACAUUAGCACUAAAUGAUGCUAUGACUUAUGAUAAGGCUACAAAAUCUGGUGGCCCAAAUGGAUCCAUACGGUUCAGCUCAGAGAUUAGCAGACCUGAAAAUAAGGGGAUUUCUGUAGCUUUGAAUUUAUUGGAGGAAGCAAAGAAGGAUAUAGAUUCAUAUUCCAAGGGUGGACCCAUUUCUUUUGCAGAUCUCAUGCAAUGUGCAGCACAGAGUGCCUUAAAGACUACCUUUCUCACUUCUGCAAUUCGCAAAUGUGGGGGAAAUGAAGAAAAAGGGAAGUUAUUGUACACUGCAUAUGGUUCAAAUGGGCAGUGGGGCUUGUUCGAUAAGCAAUUUGGGAGAACAGAUACCCAAGAGCCAGAUCCUGAAGGCAGAGUUCCCCAGUGGAAUAAGGCGAGCGUGCAGGAAAUGAAGGACAAGUUCUUGGCUAUUGGCUUUGGCCCCCGCCAGCUAGCAGUUAUGUCUGCAUUUUUGGGGCCAGAUCAGAUGGCAACUGAGAACUUGUUGGUGACAGAUCCAAAUGUUUCUCCAUGGGUUCAAAAAUACCAACGCAGUAGAGAAACAGUGUCACAGACUGAUUAUGAGGUUGACCUGAUAACUACUCUGACCAAAUUGAGUUGCUUGGGUCAACAAAUCAAUUAUGAGGCCUAUACAUACCCUGUCCGAAAAGUUGAUUUGAGCAAACUCAAACUAUAGAAAGAUGGUAUUAUUAUGGAUGAAUAUUGCCACCGCUAGCUAGCAUUUUAUUGAGUUCUUGCAGCAAAUUUUUAUUGUGUAUUUUCGCAAGAUGAACCAUGUGAAAUGUUUUUAGCUGUAGAAAUAUUUCAAAUAUUCAUCCAUUGGGACAGUUGUAUUUCAAUUUUAAAAAUUUGAGGUUGCUGUAUGAAAUUCUGCAAAUUAAUAGUGAGUAAUGUAUGGUUAUCCAUUAUCAUA